GCAGGGUUUUAGUUUUAGAUGAUUGAUGAUUGUUAAGUAGAUUUUAUGUAAGUGGAACAGAGCAUGCGCAAUGGCCAUGUGAGGCAAUCUCGGCCUGCGGCCUAAUAGAUGAGGAAGUUUGUUGCGGUAGAAACCACUCUGCAAGUUUUGAAAUCUGAUCUUCUCGAAGGAGUACACCAAAGCCAUGGAGCAGAACUUCCACAAGGAGCACCUGGCCUGCUGGAACUGCGACAAGCAGCUGGUGGCCUGCCGCUACAUCCUCAAGGAAGAGCACCCCUACUGUAUACCCUGCUACCAGCAGCUCUUUGCUCACAACUGUGAGGAGUGCACCAAGCCCAUCGGGCCCGACUACAAGGACCUGUCGUACAAAGAGCGCCACUGGCACGAGUUCUGCUUCAAGUGCUGCAGCUGCGAACAGUCUCUGGUGGACCAGCCUUUCGCUUCCAAGAACGAGAAAAUCUACUGCUCCAACUGCCAUGACAACAACUUUGCGGCCAGGUGUGACGGCUGCAGUGAACCUUUCCGCGGAGGUAUGAAGAAAUUUGAGUACAAGGGCAAGCAGUGGCAUGAUGAGUGCUUCACCUGCACCGAGUGCAGCCAGCCUAUCGGAAACAAGAGCUUCAUUCCUCGAGAUGAGCGCGUAGUCUGUGUGCAGUGCUACGAGAAUAACUACGCCCAGAGGUGUUCCAAGUGUAGUGAUGUGAUCAACAAGGGAGGCAUCAGCUACAAGAACACGCCGUGGCACCGCGAGUGUUUCACCUGCACAAACUGCAACAAGCUGCUGGCCGGGGAGAAAUUCACCUCCAAGGAGGAGCAGCCGUUCUGUGGCGACUGCUACGGGGAACUCUUCGCCAAGCGCUGCUGUCGUUGCACCAAGCCCAUCACCGGUAUCGGUGGCACAAAGUUCAUCUCCUUCGAGGACCGUCACUGGCACAGCGACUGCUUCAACUGCUACAAGUGCGAGGCCAGCAUGGUCGGCCGCGGCUUCCUCAUGAACGGCGAGGACAUUGUGUGCCCUGACUGCGGCCGCAGCUAGACACUAGUGGUCUCAUGGGUCACUUAGUCAGAAUGUACUUUGCACUUCCUUGUUUUUCUCUGGUUCCAAUCUCGCUGGCCACGUACAAGUGUAGAACGCAGGACGCAAACAAUUUGUGGGACCGUCUGCUUCCUCACCUGACUGGCGAAGCUAAGGCAGACAGAAAACAAAGUUCUUUACAGAAGUCUGGUCUUUGAAACUUUGAAACAAAACAAACAAGUUUCUUUGAAAAACGAAGGUCUAUGGAAUAAACAGAAGCUGAAAGACUUUGGAAUUAAAAGCAAAGCUUGAUGCAUUUGCAGAGUACUCAAACCGUUUCUAAGAUUUUUGUGCUGUUUUCCUAAUUUCAGCCAGGCCUUACUUAUGAUGUGUCAGCCAGUAUGUUAUGAAACAGUGUAUCUAGUAAUGAAGGGGACUGCCCCUUUUGGAUUAAAGGACUGUGUUAAUUUUUCACCACUUACAUAAUUGAUUGAAUUUUUUUUUUCGUAUUGAGCUUUGUUAAUUUUUCUUAGACUGCUAUGCAUCCAACUUAACUUCCUAUAUUUGUUUGUUGCGCUUUUCUUUGAGUGUGAAGAGAUUGCGAACGGCGUCUUGCAUUGACGGAAAGAAAUCUUGUUAAUGCAGCACAAUGUAUACAGCACUCAUCAACUUCUGUGAUACCGUGUAGAUGGUGGGAAACGUCUGGGAACGGGACAGAAAGGGAGACCCAGGUUAGCUGGCGAUGAAAGCUUUGUGCAGACUGUCAUUUGGUCCAGCACCAACGCUCAUGUUGAAACUUGUCUGCCGAGGCGGAGAAAGAAAAAUCCUCUCUUUUCACACUCUGGUAUUUGUUGUAGGCAUAAGUCACACGUGCCGGGUCACUCUAACCCCAAAACUUCCUCCAAGGUGCUGAUGUUGUGCGGUUAAACAAUUGUCUAUCUAAGCGUUGAAAAGAUUUGAGCAAAGGGUUUGAUGUGUGUGCAUGUGACUGCAGGGAAAAGGGAGAAGAAAGAAGAAUAGGGUGACCAAUACAUUACUGCCGUAAGCUGUCAAAAUGCCUUUUUUCUUCAAAAUGAAAAAGGUGUUUUUUUCAGCUUACAGUUGAUUACAUGUGAGGUCUCUAAUGCCACAGAAUGUAUUCUUCAGACAAGGAUUUCUGCGUGUACAGAUGUAAAUUGACCUUGAAGUGUUUGUCAUUUCUUUUUUUAGCUUUACGGUAUAUUUAAGUAACAGAGUGUGAGUCGAGGAGUUGGAUGGCAGAGCUGGAAAUGGUGCAAAAAUAAUAGUGACUGAGAAGAGAAAGUCAGUUUGUUAUAAAUGCAUCAAAUUUAAGGGGUGGGGUUGGCUUUUCUGUUCACUCUUCGCUGUAACUGUAACAGUUUAUGAAGUAUGCAAAACAAAUUACUAAAUAUUUUAUGUAUAUCGUGCAGUUGUGUACAUAGUCAAAGUUGGCUGGUGUUUAUUAAGAAUGUGUUUUUUUAUUUAAAAUUUUUUUUUAGUGUGCUGUUGUGAAGGGGAACAGGUACACUUAUGGAAAUGUUGAGCAAAGUGCAAAAUUACAGCUUUAUAUAAAGUCCUUGUUUGAGGGGGAAAAAUUACGAUGAUGAGUCUUCCACUUAAGCUAGGAGUUGAAAGAGAAGUCACAAAGUAACUCCAGUCAACUGUUUCUGUGGAGUUUGAGCUGUCACUGUAUGUUGUAUAUUAUUGUUUGCUUGCUUGGCAGUAACUUUACAAUAGCAGUCAGACUGCAGUGCGGUCGGUUGGCUGUACCUAUAGCGUGGGGUAAAUAUUCUAAGCGUGGAUUGCAUUGGACAAGACAAGGGGUAGCAUGAUACACAGUACCUAUAUUUAUUUUAUAGCCGAGUGCUUUGGAGACAGUCUCAUAGAUGGAACAAUUGGUUCUCUCACCUGUAAAGGAGUUUGUGUGUGUGUGUGUGUGUGUGUGUGUGUGAGAGCGCGCCUGUGUGUGUUCAUGUGUGCACGUGCGUGUUUGUGUGUGUGUGUCUUCUCGACAGUUUUUGUUCAGUUUGGACGACCUUUGUUUUUGCUAGAUUUCCCCAAAAUUAUAUCAUCAUCCGGCUCUUGUUAUUUCAUCAAGCCAUUUCUUGUCUUUUUUUUCAGUUUGUCAAAAAAACCACCCAACUGCCAAAGCUUUAUGUACGAUGUUAUGCACUUAUGCACUGUUUGAUUCAGUUGUGAUAAACUUAAACAAAAUUGUUUAUUGUUGAUGCUGCUCCCCAUCACAAAGAAACUGUAUUCAGGUAGAACAAGAUAAGACUGACAUGAAUUGUGAUUUUAAAAAAAAAAACGCCUACAAAAAGCAAUACACAUUUAGUAAAUGCUUGAUAAAAACUGAAGUUUACUAACCCAGAACAGUUGAUACGUUCUGUUGUUUCGUAAUCGUUGUUUUGGUCACACCUGGUUACAGCUUGUAUUUGCACUCAAAAUUUUGUAAAGGUCAAAAUCAUUCACGACAAAUUUUUACGGUGAUAUUUUUAAUUUUUAAUGAUUUCCUCUGAUGUUAGAAGCUUAGGAGAGAAAAGUGCUGCAUUGAGCUGGCUGUUCUCUGCCCUGUUGACAUCACACAAGCGGGCCGAGAGUUGAUCUUCUGUUCUACUUGACAUACCAGCACGCAGCAGUUGGCAUAACUGAACUCUGCCGACUUACUUUUCAGACACACUAUGCACUAAAUGACGGCUUACAGUUACAGUAUAGGCUUGAAAAAAAAAAGCUGUCAAAUUUAUGCUGUUAAACUCAGUACGAAAUUAAAAGAAGAGGCACAAAUACUCGAAACCGUACGUGGAGAAAAGAAAGGGAGGACUGUUGCCUUUGCCAAACACAAAUUCAGAAAUACUUUGGCUUACAUUUCUUCAGUGUGUGUUUUUGCUCGGAUGUGUUCGAGCGUACAUAUUUGAAUACACCAGCUCUCUUGUUAAAUACACGCAUUUUUCAUCACCUCUUCCUCUUCAAUUUUAGAAUAAUUAAAUUUUAUAUUAUAUCAUUUGACUUUACAAUAUACUUUAUAUAUUAUAUACAUAUCUUUACAUAUUUUAUGCUCUGAUAGAUCAGAACUUUGUGCAAGACAGAUGCGAGAUUUAGAAAGGGCUUUGCAAAUGUUAGCCAAAAUAGUGAACACAAUAAAAAAAAAGUAGACCAAAAUGAG